CUCAGAGCAGAGGGCUGGGAGGAACUUAUCAUGGUUAGACGCGAGCUAGACUGUUCAAACUGCCUGAUUGUUGGAAAAACUGCAAGCAGUCAACGCAGACUUUGUGAGUUGUGGCAUUGGCAAUGGUCGACCGCUUGCCAGUAGAGGAAGGAUGGGUCUAUGGCCAGAAGCCGAAAGAGCCAGAGGCUCCACCGGACCUUGACAGUCUCUUUGAAGCUGCGGGGGUACCCGAUCAACUUACCAGUGGACAGCCACCAUUUUCGCCAGAGUGGUAUGCUGGAGCAAAAGAGAGGCAGCGGCUGCGUGAUUUGGAGAUCGAACAACUUCAAGGGCUUCGAAAUGAUUCGCGCCAUCAUUGGGCUGAACUGGUAUGGACCGAUUUGCAAAUGUGGCAAGACAGAAUUGACUUCACAGUUGCUUUGCCGGAGCCUCUUGCGGACCUUCAAGCCCUACUUGCACGAACCAAGCACGAACGUCCAGAUGAUGUCUUCGGCUUCGAAGCGAUUCAGACAAUUGCAGAUCAGGCGGAAGUUCGACAAGUGCAAGUCCGUGAAGACCUGGCUGAUGCCAAGCAGCGUAUGACAGACAUAGAGGAUAAAGUGCGCCAACAAGAAGCUGCAGAUGAGGCUGCUGAGAAGGAGCGUCUUGAAAGGAAGAGGCUAGCAGAAAAGCGUCGAAGGCGUGCCGAACGAGUCCUUAAGAGAAAUGAGGCGCUGCUACGUGGCGAGGACCCGCCACCUGUCAUUGAAGACUCCGAUUUGGAGCCAGUUACUGAGACCGAGCUCCAUGAGGAGACCGGGGAGCUCCUGCAGGACACAUUUGAAGGUGAGGACAUGCCGGAGGAGGCGCCUCCACCACUGCAGAGAGGUGGUAUGGCUCGUGAGCUGCCACCCUUGCAGGAUCCACCAAUGCCUCCCCUCUCUUAAGUGCCACGUGGCCAAGUGGCAGAACUCCAUUUUGACUAAUGAUCAAAAGGGCGCUCAAAGGGUGCCAUGUCUCACAAUCGCAAUAGAGGACUACCUUGAAGGUGAGCUGGAUCAAUGUGCGAACCGUAGGUGCUUCUCCACUAAACGGAUGAUUUCCAGGCUGGCUGUGAAGCGUUGAGCAUUGCAGCCCAACAGUUCUCGCACAUAAUUAGGCCUUUCUGUUUUUGACAGGCAGAUCACUCUUGUCUUUUACAUUUUGUGCAAUCACAUUUUACGCUGUGAAGGCCAAGAAAAAGGUUAGGAGUCAUGGCACAUUGGAACGG